UGCUGCCGCAACAUCGCCCAUAUAUGACUUGGGCACGAUGGAUUUGCACUAUCUGCUGGUAUUCUCUUGCCAUCGACGCCUAUCGCUACCCGUACCAUUCAAGUAUGACACCAUUUUUCCCAGCGCAAGAAGCUAUCUUCAGUGUCAUCUCGACACAUUUUCGGACGGAAUCAUUGGGCAUAUCAUCUGUGGUCUCUAUUAGCCGGAGAGUAAACCGAGAUCACAGAGUUUUGCGUAUCGUGAUGGCCAGCGAUAAGCCCCAGGGAGCAAUGAAUGGAAGCGUUAUAGUCUGCAUGACCAAGAUUGGUCGUUUUAGAGAAGUGAUCACUCUUUAGGGCGAGCCAUGGAAGGCAUCGAAUUUACGAGGAUUUAAAGCCUCGAACAUGUGGGUCGCCGUCGAGACUGUAUGUUGGGAACGCGUCAGAUUUUACACGUUGAUACUUAACUGCGUAGUAUAUGGACUGCCAGAACUAUACCUUGUACAUCCUAAUAUAUAUAUGGGCGCUGUUCGUUUAGUAAUCGUCCCUAGUUAAUUGCUGA